AACCCUUCUCUCUCUACCCCCUCUCUCUCUUUCUCUCUCCUUUUUAUAUUUUUCAACUUUGCAUGCACACGUCUUCUUCCCCCAAUACUCCUCCGCCGAUCCGAGCUUCCCCUCACCGGAAUCCGACCCUCCUUCUCCGAUUCACCUACUUCUCCGUCGACUAUUUCACACCAAAUUUCCGAUCAAACACUCACAAAACUCCCAAAACACUCGAAGAAGAAUCGCACAAGAAAAGUGCAGAGCAAUCGUUCUUCAGAAAUCCUACAAGAGAAAUGAACUAGUUCUUCUAUUGUGCACGAUUCAGUAAUCGAAGAUUUUUUAGUGCAAGUGAGAAUGGCUUGCAUGAACGCGUCCUGUGGAGCAUCAACUUCGAUUGAAUGGAAGAAAGGUUGGGCGUUGCGAUCCGGUGGAUACGCCAAUCUCUGCGAUAAGUGCGGGUCUGCAUAUGAGCAAUCAGUUUUCUGUGACGUCUUCCACUCAACAGAAUCUGGUUGGAGAGACUGCACUUCAUGUGGCAAGCGGCUCCAUUGUGGAUGCAUUGCCUCAAGAUUUCUGCUUGAGCUACUUGAUAGUGGUGGUGUGAAAUGUAUAAGCUGUACAAAGAAAUCUGGAUCUCACCCGAAUAUAAGUGAUGACAAACCUAAUGGGCUAGGCACAUCCACAGUCAGUGAGCUGCAACGUACUUCUUCCAACGACCAAUUAGAUGGAAAUGGUGUUGACAAAAUGAAGCUUUUGCAGUUGAGCAAUGGGACAGAGGCUAUUGGACUUAGGCACUUGCUUCAAUCUCCUAAUGAGGACACAAAUGGUUUGUUCCGCAAAAUGAAACAGGAGGAUGUUCCCCCGUCUUUGGGAGAAAUUGGAAACCCAUAUUUCUCAAAUCUUAAUCACGGAUCUAAUGGAUCAUCUGAAGCGGCAAAAGCAGAAUUUCGCAGAGCAAAUACAGGGUCAAAUGAUAUAUAUGAAGCACUGCCGCACACAAAUUUGACUAUGACUAUUGGUGCUCCUUUGGGACAUUCAAAUACCUUUCCUAGCGCCAUUGUUGAUGAGAGGGAAAGUAAAACAUCAUCCCUAUUUCUACAAGGAACAAGAUCUCGGCAUCUUUUGCCAAAACCCCCAAGGUCAAACCUUGCUACAAGUUUGGAAGCGAAUACUAGUAUGGUUUCACAGGUACGAGUGGCACGGCCACCUGCUGAAGGACGGGGCAGGAACCAGUUACUUCCCCGUUAUUGGCCCAGAAUUACAGAUCAAGAGUUGCAACAGAUAUCUGGAGACUCAAAUUCAACCAUUGUUCCAUUGUUUGAAAAGAUGCUCAGUGCCAGUGAUGCUGGUCGAAUUGGCCGCUUGGUUCUUCCAAAAGCAUGUGCUGAAGCAUAUUUUCCUCCCAUUUCUCAACCUGAGGGACUUCCUCUAAAGAUUCAAGAUGUUAAGGGAAAAGAGUGGGUAUUUCAGUUCAGAUUUUGGCCCAAUAAUAACAGCAGGAUGUACGUUUUGGAGGGUGUGACCCCCUGCAUCCAGUCCAUGCAGUUGCAAGCAGGAGAUACUGUGACUUUCAGUCGCAUGGAUCCUGAAGGAAAACUUAUCAUGGGAUUUCGGAAAGCAUCAAAUUCUGUGGCAAUGCAGGACACUCAUCCAUCUGCCAUUCACAAUGGCGCUCAUACAAGUGAAACUUUCUUUUCGGGUGUUUUUGAGAACCUACCUGUAAUAAGUGGUUACUCUGGCCUUCUUCAGUCACUGAAGGGAAGCACGGAUUCCCACUUAAAUGCAUUAUCCAAACACUUGUCUUCAACGAGUGCUGACUUUAGCUGGCAUAAAAUUGAGAAGCAAGAAGGCAGGACAAAGGAGGGCUUGCUGCUGCCAUCAAUGUUGGUUCCAGAGAGAAAAAAAGCUAGAAAUAUUGGGUCCAAAAGUAAGAGAUUGCACAUUGAUAGUCAAGAUGCGCUGGAGCUAAAACUUACAUGGGAAGAGGCUCAGGAUUUGCUUCGUCCUCCUCCAGCUGUCAAGCCAAGCACUGUUGUCAUUGAGGAUCAUGAAUUUGAAGAAUAUGAAGAACCUCCAGUUUUUGGGAAGAGGAGUAUUUUCAUAGCUCGUUCAACUGGGGAACAAGAGCAAUGGGCUCAGUGUGAUAGUUGCUCUAAAUGGAGGAGGUUGCCAGUUGAUGUACUUCUUCCCUAUAAGUGGACAUGUGCAGAUAAUUCUUGGGAUCAGAGCAGGUCUUCAUGCUCUGCACCAGAUGAAUUGAAUACAAGGGAACUGGAAAACCUUCUCAGACUGAACAAGGAAUUCAAAAAACGGAAAAUAGCAUCACACCAUAGGCCAACUCAAGAAAAAGAAUCCUCUGGUCUCGAUGCUUUGGUCAAUGCAGCAAUUCUCGGAGACAAUGCAGCUGAUGCAGGUACUACAUCAGUCGCCACUACAACAAAACACCCUCGGCAUCGACCUGGCUGCUCGUGCAUUGUGUGCAUCCAGCCCCCCAGUGGCAAGGGCAAGCACAAGCCUUCAUGCACAUGCAACGUAUGCAAUACAGUUAAACGCCGAUUCAAGACCCUAAUGAUGAACAAAAAGAAACGUCAGUCCGAGCGCGAAGCAGAGAUUUCCAAUAGAAAUCAGAAAACAUGGGGCCCCAGAGACGAAGCAGAAGUAGACAGCACCUCUAGGCAUGUAUCGUCGCAACUAGAUCCCUCCGACAACGAAGCCAGGUCUGCAAACGAGUUAGAGUCAAAGAGCCAAGGGGCUGAAACCAUGAAGGAAACAUUGGACUUGAACUGUGAUCCCCGACGAGAAGAAGAUUUGCGAGCGGUAUCAAGUCGCGUGAGCAUGGUGAGUCUUCUUCAAGUAGCAAACCGCCCUCUCGAAACAUAUUUGAAGCAGAAUGGUCUUACAAGCUUGGUACAUGAGCAACAGACAAGUUCAGCAUCACCUGUGCCUCCUCAAGUUACUAAUGAGAGUGAAGGACAGCUUAACGAGGAUGUUUCUGCUCUUCAAGAGCAGGAAAGUGAGGGUGGGGAUCAGUGUAGGCCAGAUCAGAGCCAAAAUGAUCCACUCUGAUGAAGUUUCUGUUUCUUUUAUAUUUUCCUUUUCCUUUUUAAUUUUUUUCUUACAGAGUUAUAUGUAUUUUCCGGUUCUUCUGGCUGUCAUGUGUUCAUAGAAGAACUCAAAGCUUGCGUGUUUCUCUCUGUUUUUUUUUUUUUCCCUUUCACUUUCUAUUUUCAAAUGUUUUUCCUUCUUGCUAAUGUUACAGAAUUAUAGGUCUAUUUGUGUUUCUUUAACUCGCAAAGAGCAUGUACUUUUCAUUAUAAUAUACGACUU